AUGACCAGUAAUUUACAAUUACGAAUGACCACGAAUACUCCAUCAUCAUUUCUAAACAUUACUCAAAAACAUAAAAAAAAUAAUGAUUUUUCUAAAACAUCACAAAAAAAAUCACAAGAAUUACAAGAAACAUCAUUAGAAGAGUUUCAAGAAAUGUUACAAGAAGGGUUAAAAGAAAAGUUACCAGAAGAGUUACAAGAAUUAUCAGAAGAAUUAGAUGAAGAAUCAGAAAAAGAAUAUGAAGAAGAAUCAGAAAAAGAAUCAGAAGAAGAAUCAGAAAAACAAUCAGAGGAAGAAUCAGAAAAACAAUCAGAAGAAGAAUCAGAAAAACAAUCAGAGAAAUCACAAGAAUCAGAAAAAGAAGAAUUACAAAAAUCAGAUGAAAACCAAUUAGAAGAGGAAUCAGAAAAAGAAUUAGAGGAAGAAUCACAAGAAGAAACAGAAGAAGAAUCACAAAAAGAAUCAGAAGAAGAAUCACAAAACGAAUCAGAAGAAGAAUCACAAAAAGAAUCUGAAGAAUUACAAGAAUUAGAAAAAAAAUCAAAUAAAGAUUCAGAAAAAAAAUUACAAAAAGAAUUACAAAAAUCUAAGAAAGAAUUACAAAAAAAAAUUUAUAAAAACUUUUAUGAAAAACCAAAAAAUUUAAAAAAUCAAUAUAAUAAGAAUUCAAGUUCUGUAAAUAUAACUUUUCAGCUUUCUCCAACAUCAUUUCGAGUUCCUUAUUAUAAAAAAACAUCUAAAGAAAUAAAAGAACAAGAAUCAAUUGAAGGACUUCUAUUAGAGUUGACUACGAAUACGCCUGAUGAAACAAUUACAGAAAUUAAUAAAAUCAAUAAAAAAG